AUGUUGUCUAUUCUGCGAAAAGCUCGCCUCAAGGAUAAGGAGAUGCGGAUCCUGAUGCUGGGACUGGACAAUGCGGGAAAAACGACUAUUGUUAAGAAGGUUAUGGGGGAGGACGUUAAUACGGUGAGCCCGACGUUGGGCUUCAUUAUCAAGACGAUCGAUUAUGAGGGGUAUAAGCUCAACAUCUGGGAUGUUGGUGGUCAGAAGACACUCCGGUCAUACUGGAGGAAUUAUUUUGAGAAGACAGAUGCCCUGAUCUGGGUUGUGGACGCAACGGAUCGGUUGCGUAUCGAGGACUGCAGAGACGAGCUGCAGGGACUUCUCUUGGAAGAGCGUCUUGCAGGAGCAAGCCUCCUCGUGUUUGCGAACAAGACGGACGUUGAGGGGUGCAUGACGGAACAGGAGAUCCUCUCGGCACUUCAAUUAGAGUCGAUAAGGACUCAUCGUUGGCACAUCCUACCAUGCAGCGCCAUGACUGGUAGCAACCUAAAGGAGGGAUUAUCAUGGGUUGUGGAGGACGCCAAGAAGCGCCUUUUCCUAUACUAA